AUGACGUCAUUAGCUUCUACAAUACCUCCUAUGGCAUCAGAUCUACAGGUUAAAAAUCAAAUGAUGGCAGACGAUGAAGCAGAAGCAGGCUUUCAUUUCGACGUCUACAUUUACAUUUUGCCAUUGAUCGUUAUUUUUGGACUGUCUGGAAACGUUAUCUCCCUUGUUACCAUAUUCCAUUCUAGACUGAGAAGGGUAAAUGCCAACAUCUAUCUGAUAGUUCUGACCACGGCUGACAGCUUUUUCCUAAUUGGAAUCCUGCUGGUUUGCUUUAAAGUCGAUUGGAUCGGAUAUGAAUACUGUUUGGUCAACAGCUGCUCUCCGAUCGAAAGAUAUUUGGCGAUUGCACAUCCAUUAGCUCAUAUGAAGUACGGACAUGUGGAUCGAGCAAAAAUCAUGUUCUAUUGGGUUCCGAUUCCAUUCGUUCUUCAACUGUUCCAGUUCAUUUCACUUGAACCAUCGAACGAAGAGAGAAAAUGUGCACUAAAAGAAGCAAACUAUCAGAUCAUCGCUCAAGCUGUGGAUACAAUUCUUUGCUACGUUAUACCGUGUUGCAUAAUUGUUGUUUUGAAUAUUCUCGUCGCCCUUCAAGUUCGUAAAUCUCAGGAGCAUUUCAUGGAAGACACGAAAAAGAAUAGUUCAAGAAGGACUGGUGGAUCCUCUUCUUCUUCUGGAACCUGGACUAGAAUUCUAUGGGUGAUGCCGUUAGUGUUCGUAGUUCUGAACACGCCAUUCUAUGUCAUCAUGAUGAUUGAGAUAGUAUUUCAAAUCAUAUAUCAGUCUCCGCCUUCAGAAGCUACUCGGUCUGAUACUUUCAUGGGUGUUUAUAACACGGCUCAUUAUAUGUACUAUAUGAACACAGCAAUCGACGUUAUUGUCUACGCAUUUUCUAGCGCAAACUUCCGAAAGACUGCCGUCAUAGCUUGGAAAAGAAUUAUUUGUCCUGGCUACGCGGAGAAACAAAAGGGAAAGGUCCUUGUCACCGAUCAAACAUCUCGAAUCUCGUAUCGAAUGACAUCUGAAAGAAGUACCGUCCGUUUCCCGAAUCCUCCAUCUCGAGCUGGAUCCCCAAAACUUGCUGCUACGAAUGCCGUUUCUGUACCCCUUCUAAGUACCGAAGUCCAAGGACAAGUCCAAGAAUCAACAGCGAUUUGA